UUGGUCCAGUAGUUGCAUGUUACUAUGCGCUUGCAAAAUCUGUCACAGCCCUAGUUCAGUACCUUGCCAACAGGAGCAACGCUAACUCGAACCCUGUUUGUCGAUAAUUUGUCGCAUUGGAUUGCUUACACGGCGGUAAUUUAGGGCUCAACUCAGCUAACCACUGCUCUGCUAUUCUCUAAAACAAAGCUAGGAGAAAACAGUUUGCUGCUGUUAUAGUCUACGUCUAUAAAGUCAUUUACGAUUUUGCCUUGUUUUGCGACGCGGUUUUACGCUUCUUGCAACGCCAGCUGGUUUACAGAGAGAUAUUAUAGAGCAUGGUGUUAUUUAACGUUCUGUGGUCGAACGGAGUCUUUGGCAGAGCUCAUGCCAACCUUUUACGCGGGCACAGCGAUGCAAGUCAGUUUCACUUUGAGGAUGGGCAUACUCCACACACAGCUGGGACAUGACUGCAAAAUCAGUAUCCUUUGCGAUUCUGCAGCAUUUUUGUGUGUAAUUUGUUCCCUGUGCUGCAUUAGGGCAUCCCUCUGAGUGUGGGAUACCAUGGAGCAGCUGGAAGAGGAACUUACGUGUCCUAUCUGCUGCGGUCUCUUCGAGGACCCGCGGGUUUUGCUGUGCUCACACAGCUUUUGCAAGAAGUGCUUGGAGGGACUCUUGGAGGGGAACCGAGGUCCAGCUUACAGAACACCUUUCAAAUGCCCCACAUGCCGCAAAGAGACCCCUCACAACGGCGCAAACAGCCUGCAGAUCAACUACUCUCUACGCGGAAUAGUGGAGAAGUACAGCAAAAUAAGGGUUAUGCCUCAGCUGUCACUCUGUAAACAACACUAUGGCCAGCCUCUAAACAUAUUUUGCGCCACGGACUUAAAUCUAAUUUGUGGGUUUUGCGCUACAACAGAUGACCACAAAGGGCAUACAUUCUGCUCCUUUGAGGAUGCAUAUGAACGAGAGAAGGAGGCGUUCGAAGAGCUGCUUCGCGGGUUGGAGAGCUGGCAGAGCGCAGAUGUCCUGUCCUGCCUGGAGACACUACAAGCCAGUAAGAAAAAGGCGCUUCAGUCAGUGACCAAGGACGCAGAGAAGGUAACGGACUAUUUCGACAAACUCAUCAGUACCAUUGAAUGCAAAAAGAAUGAGAUCCUCUCGGAUUUUGAAACACUGAAGCUGGUGGUGAUGCAAGCGUACGACCCGGAGAUUGCCAAACUGAGCGCAGCGAUGGAGGAGCAUAGACGGGCGCUCAGCAUCGCCGAGUCUGUCAAGAGCAUCGCCGACCCCCUGUGCUUUCUGCAGCAGAUGCAGGAGUUUCGGGAGAAGUUGAAGGUCCUUAAGGAGACUCCACUGCCCUCUGGGAAAGACACGGACGUCGGUCCACUUGUGCGCAAUUUCGAUGUUAAAAAGUGGGACUCGCUGAGGCUCCGAGAAGUGGACAAGAUCGCAGUCCCCCACGAGAGUGGCUCCUACCGAACGGGGGGUUCACGGAUGGCAGUGCCAAGAUGGAUCACCUUAUUUAUGAGCGUGUUACUGCCAACACUACUCCUGCUGCAGCCGCACAACCUUGCAGCCUGCGUGCCCUCGCAGAUUGAACCGCUUCUCACUGCCGUGUCCUCGCAGCUCACUCACACUGGUGUGUACCUGCGGGAAAUGACUGACAUGUACACAAGUUUAAUGGGUGCAGGUCAGGAAUGUAUUGCUAACUUAAUUUACUCUACGGUCAGUUUUAUUGGCAGUUUUAAUUACUAGCCUGUGGCAUCUCUGCCAUGCACUCACAGCUACAAAUUGUGAACCAAGUGACCCAUGAGGUGCUGUUUAAACGACAGAUAUAUCGCACCUGAAUACAUGUGGAAGCACUUGUUUGCCUAAUUGUUUACCAUGUCUUUUGUUAUUGCCCAAGCUCUAACCUCAAUGAAGCAAUAGAAUCAAUCCAUAAUCCACGUUAUAUAAACACUAUCGAUGUGCACAAUCUCCUUUCUUUUUUUUUUUUGUUAAAUACGUCAUGACAAAUGUAUACCUAUAUCCAGGGUGAUCUUGAUAAAUAAAACAAGUGUAGGCUAAGUCA